AUGACCGCUGACGAUGGGCAGACCACAAUCAAACUCAACUCCCGGGACUCGGAGACCAAUUGGGGCGAUGUUGACGGCUGUGCGUCGAACAUAAAAGCCAUACAAUCCACUCAACCGCCUUCACACAAAAUGAUACACCCCCAGCAAAGCCCCUGCGUUCUACCGGGUGCCACUCAAAUGAGAGAGCCAUGGUUGACAUUGGUAUAUCCUCUCGGGGCCAGAGCUGGCACUAAUCAACGAGAUAUUGGAAGCAACAAUGCCGCCGUGACAUUCGACCGCCUCGCCUCUACCCCGCCAUUCGAUGGAGCCACGGGUCCUGAUGGCGGCGACCGCACAUUGCCUGCUUCAUCCAGCAGCUCCAUUGACUCACCUGGAAGGGCGCAGCAAGAGCAGAGAAAUCUGCUGGUCCCUUCAGGGAUCUAA